ACUGGGAUCGCAGCUUUGAUCUCGUUGGGUAGAGCGCAGAACGACUCGGCGCUUUGCAUCAUCUGCUGCGACAGCACGUCGGAGAUGCCGUGACCCGUAAGAUAGCAACACCCGAAGCGCGCAAAGGCGUCGGCCAGCUUCUGCCCCUGUUGCGGAUCAUCUAGCGAGAUGAUGGGGAUGUCGGAGCUCAUAAUGACCAAGAGAUGUGAACCCUACGUGACCGAACGUUGAGUGAUGAGUAGGCCCUGUCCAAAGUGGUCUCCGGUUUCGAGAGGCGUGGACUCAUGUUCAACCUUUGCGAGUCUUUGCUCCCUCCUUGCACAGCGUCACAUUGCACGCUGUCACGGCCCGCGGGACGACGACACUACCGAUCAUGCACGAGCGAGGGCCUUUUCUACACUGUUGGUAGCGAGGUGAAGACACUUUGCCAUUGGCGCACCGAAGAGCUCAGUUAAAGGACCAUGGCGUCGAGCGACGAAGAGUCCAUUCCGCACAUGGAGCACGACGACGACGAAGACUACUACGAAAGUACGACACCAGAGCCGAUAACAGCGUUAGAUGAGCAACUGGGCGAGGAAAACUUCAGCGGAGACAUUGGCGUUAAAGGAGAGCUCUAUAUUAGCGUUGACAAAGACGAAUAUCGAGCGGGUGACCUCGUCACUGGCCGUAUCACAGUUCUUGUAAGCGAGCCACUGCAAUGCGGAGCGUUGGUAUGCAGUAUUGUUGGUGAGGAGAUCGCGCAGUGGAAAGAAGGCAAAGACCAUCACUCGCGCUUCCACCAGAUCCUCCGUCAUGAGAUCUUAAACACACCCUUACCGGUUCCGUAUGAAGUUGGUGAAUACCUUUAUCCGCUCACAUACACGUUACCAGCAGAUCUACCCGGUGUGUUAAACGUCCAGUCACUGGAUGGAGACGUGUCUGCGUUGCAUGCUACCAUCAAAUACACCAUAACGGCGACUAUUAAAGUGCAAGGUCGCUUCGUCUCGGACCUUGAAGCAAACACCGACAUCGUCGUGCGAUGCAAUACCCAGUCACUCGAAGUUCACUCAGUCGAGCGCACAGUGUCCAAGGCGCUCCGCUGGUUCGGUUGUCUCAGUCGAGGCACUACCCACCUCGCCAUGUCCAUGCCACGAGAUACCUUCAUUCUCGGUGAGAGCCCGAUAGUCGAGUGCUUCGUCAACAAUCACACCGCGUCGGUCGGUGUACAACAAGUCAGUGUCCAGCUCAUCCAGAAGGUGACAUUGCGGCAUCCCGAUGGCAACGAAGACGUCUGUGCACGACCAGUUGCAGAAGCCAAGUGUCCAGGACCAAAACAUGGCGAUAUGCUCGAAUGUCCCGUACAACUUAACCUGGACAAUCAGGUUAACUACCCGACCACGACUGGGAGUUUUUUAAGCUGUAUAUACAGCAUAGCGCUCGUGUGUGAGUACGCCAUGUUCAUAACCCCCAUCAAACUCGAGCUUCCGGUCACUAUCCUGCCUCCUGCACGGACUUCAAGCGCUGGAUCGACGCUCACGGACUUGGCAGCUUCGAUGACGUCGACUACUUCUGAGGUUCAUGGACCAAUCACGAUGCUUGAGUGAAGCACAGAAGCGUAUCCUGUCAUUAUAAGGCGUUAGAUCACAGCGUCAUGGAUACACAACUACCACAGCGUCAGAUAAACGAUAUCUAUUCAGCAGUCCACGCUGCGCACAGACGUCGUGUCUGCGGCCAUUUAAAUCGAUGAAUCCUGCAGCUUGCGCGACAGCUGUGCAAUGUCGCUGUUGAGCCGGCCAGCGCUGCCUUCGAUCCACUGGAGCGAGUUGUGGUGCACGUUGAGCACCUUCAUGAUCUGCACCAGCGGGUUGUUGUCGUCUGCCACGUCGUCCUGAGCCUUGUUCAGCUUCUCUACCGUCUCCUUCAGUGUCGUCGUCAUCGAGUUCAACUGGUCGUCGAUAUCUACUGACAACUGCAGAGUCUGCUCGCGCUCAAUGUCGGCGGCCACGGGCAUCUGGUCCUGAGACUCGUACAUCUUGUCCACGCUCUUCUCCAAUUGCUGCAAAGAUAUUCAUGGACCACAACGAUCAGCUUUCAACUAAGCAGCUGAAGUCACGAUAUCCGUACCUCAAGCGUUGACUUCAACUCCAUCUGGUAGGCGAAGAUCGUGUCCAAGUUCGAGUCCAGCUCGUUCUGAGCCACCUGAAUACGUCGCACGUCGCCGGCAAUGUCGCCAAGCUUCCGCUGGCUUUCCAUCAAGUCGCUGUCCCACUUGCUCACUGUCAAAAGUACAGUAAAUAAUGAGAAAAACAUCACCGAAAUAGCGCCAUUGGUGGUGAAAUACCGUACCUUUAACAGCUUCAGUGGUGAAUGUGUCCGCAUUACGCUCAAGCUGCUCGCUCCACGCGUUAAUGAUAUCCUGCAUAAUAAGAAGGGAGUAAGAACAUCUAAAAUCAUCAUGACACCAAUAUUUCAGUCGUACCUCA